AGCAGCGUCGUGUGAAAACGAGUUUGAAGUUACGAUUAUUAAGAGAAAGAACAAGUGUUUUGCGAGAUUGGUAAGGAGAGCAUCGUAGCUGCUUAGGGUUUUUGAGUUAGGGUUUCUGAAUUGGGGGGAUUUCAGACUAAGAAUGACGAUCAAUGAUGUGCUUCCAUUGCCGCCAGGUAUUCGAUUCAAUCCCACGGAUGAUGAACUUAUUUCUUAUUAUCUAUCAAACAAGAUUAAGGGUAUACCAUUGCCUUUGAAUCUGAUCGUGGAAUGUGAUAUUUACGGAGAUAAGCCUCCGUGGGAAAUCUGCCAUGGGAGGAAACAAGAAGAAUGUUACUUCUUUACAACUUUAAAGAAAGCUAGCAAAAAUCGGGUUGCCAGAACUGCUGCUGGUGGAGAGUGGCGUGGCAACAAUUCUGGAAAGGAAGUCAUGGACAGGAAAACAAAGAAAGUCAUUGGGGUGAAGAAACAAUUUACUUUCAAGCCUAGGAAAGGGAAGAAAGGCACUUCAUGUACUUCAACGAGCAACGCAAAAGCAACAGGAUGGAUCAUGCAUGAGUAUUCUUUGAUGGGAGGAAAAGAUUCCAGUGAUGGCUAUGCUCUUUGUCAUAUCACGAAACAUUGCAGGGGACAGAAGAAAGAUGAUGAUGGAGAGCCAAUAAUUAUAACUAAUCAGUUGGUCUUCGAUCGGUAUGUUUCAUCACAAGAAGCUAGACCAGGUGAAUUUAAUAAUCAAGUCAACAUUGGAGGGUUCUAUCAAGGAUAUGCGUUUGAGGAUGCUGAUAAUCAAAACAACAGUGGAGAGGCUGCUAUGGCAGAAAAUUUGGCGCGCCAUCAAGUACAUUUGAUUAAGGAUGGUGAUCAAAUCAACAACAGAGAGGCUGUUGUGGCAGAGAAUGCGAUGUUCGAUCAAGUACGUAUGAUUGAGGAUGGUAAUCAAAUCAAGAAUGGAGGGCUAUAUGCGAUUGAAGAUGCUGAUGAUCAACUCAACAAUAGAGAGGUUGUUAUGGGAGAGACAUUGAUGUUUGAUCAGGCAUAUGUGAAUGAGGGUGGCAAUCAAAUCAACAAUGGUAGUCCAACUGCUAUGACUGGUGCUGGUAUUAUCACGAAUACUGUAGCGCCUCGUGAGGAACUUCAAACUGAAUAUGGGAUGGAACCUGAGUGGGCAUAUUUGGAGAAAGGUAGUUGGUUCUCUGAUUUUGAUCCUGCAGAGAUAGCGCGCAUGAGUACUGCUUUGGAUGACGCUAUUGCGAAGAACGCUUUUAGUUAGGAACCUGCCAUGCAAGGGAAGGAUGACACAAGACAAGAAGAUUUUCGAAGGUCUCCAAGUUAGGUUAUCAGGCUAAGUUAGUCGAGAUGAUUCAUUUAUAAUUCACAUAUCUCAAUCUUUUUUCUGAUUUAUGUACGAUUAUAACAGAUACUGUAAGUGUAAUAUUUGUGCUAUGACAGUUAGCUAUUAUACGUAAUGAAUGUUUAACAUUGCAUGA